AUGUCAGUACUCGGAAUAGAUAUAGGGAAUGAAAACUCAGUAGUUGCAACUAUAAACAAAGGGGCUAUAAAUAUUGUCAGAAAUGAUAUAUCAGAAAGAUUGACACCCACAUUAAUUGGAUUUACAGAAAAAGAAAGAUUAAUAGGUGAUAAUGCAUUAGCAAAAGUGAAAUCAAAUUUCCGGAAUACGUGUAGGAAUAUAAAAAAUGUAUUAGGAAAAAUAGGAACAGGUUUAGAAAAAGAUGAUUUAGAAGUAAAUGAAGCAUAUGGAGAUUUAGUUGGAUGUGAGCAUGGAUAUUUAGGAUAUAGUGUAGAAUACAAAAAAGAGAAAGAAAAUAUAAGCGCUGUUAGAAUAAUAGCCACUUUAUUAUUAUAUUUAAUUAGAUUGGGAGAAAAAUAUAUAGGAAAAGAAUGUAAUGAAAUUGUUUUAUCUUAUCCUCCUCACUAUACUAACAAUCAAAUUCAAUGUUUAGCAGCUGCUGCAAAAAUAAUAAAUGUUAACGUAUUGAGACUUAUCAGUGAUAAUACUGCUGUUGCUUUAGAUUAUGGUAUGUAUAGAAUGAAAGAAUUUAAUGAAAAGAAUGGUUCAAUAGUAGCAUUUGUUAAUAUUGGUUAUGCAAAUACAUAUAUAUGUAUUGCUAAAUUUUACUCAAACAAAUGUGAAAUAUUAUGUGAUAUAGCAGAUAACACUUUAGGAGGCAGAAAUAUUGAUAAUGAAUUAAUAAAAUAUAUAAAUAAUUUAUUUAUAAAUACUUAUAAAAUUAAUGCACUAUAUAAAAAUGGUCCUAUUGAGUUAAGCGAAAUGGGAAACGGAAAAUUAGAUAAAUUUUUUACAUCUAAAAAUAAUGAAACCGCACAAAUUAAUAAUAAAGUAAGAGUAAAAUUACAAGAUGUAGCAAUUAAAACAAAAAAAGUUUUAUCGGCAAACAAUGAAACAUCUAUACAUGUAGAAUGUUUACAUGAGGAUUUAGAUUGCCAAGGUACUAUAAAUAGAGAAACAUAUGAAGAAUUAUGUUCAAAUUUUUUCUUAACAAAAUUGAAAAAUAUUUUAGAUAAAGCAAUAUCUAUUAGUAAAAUAAAUGAUGUUAAAAAUGCUCAAUCUGUAGAAAUAUUAGGAGGUACAACAAGAAUACCAUUUAUUCAAAAUUUCUUACAAUCUUAUUUCAAUAAGCCUUUAUCAAAAACUUUAGUAGCAGAUGAAUCUGUUGCUAGGGGUUGUGUAUUAUCUGCUGCAAUGUUAAGUAAGUAUUACAAAGUAAAGGAAUAUGAAUGUAUUGAAAAAGUUCACCAUCCAAUUAGUGUGAAAUGUGAAAAUAUGAAUGACAAGUCUGGAGCAAAUUCUCGAGUUGAACAAUUAUAUACUACUGAUUCUAUAAGAAGAAAAGUAAACAAAAUUAUUAUACCAGAUAAAGGUAACAUUAAAAUAACAGCUUUUUAUGAAAAUAAUCCUGACCUUCCAGAUAAUUGUGUAAAAGAAUUGGGUUCAUGUGUUGUUAAAAUUAACGAGAAAAAUGAUAAAAUUGUCGAAUCUCAUGUUAUGGCAACAUUUUCAACUAAUGACGUAUUUACAUUUUUGGGAGCUCAAACCGUUUCAAAAAAUGUUAUAAAAGGAAAAGAAGAAAAAGAAAAAAAAAACGAAGAAAAACCAGCUGAUGAUUCAAAAGGCAAAAAUAAUGUAUCUCCAUCAAAAAGCGAAGAUAAAUCACCAUCUGAAAAUAGUAGCCCUAGCAAAACAGAGUUGAAAAAAGGUGAAGAAGGAAAGAUACAAACAUGCUAUACUACUAUACCCCUUGAAAUAAUAUCUCCCCCUGGAACAUAUACUAAUAAGGAGAUAUACAACUUUAGUGAAGCGGAAAUAAAUAUGCAACAUAGUGAUACAUUAGAAGCAGAAAGAUUAAAACAUAUUAAUGAAUUAGAAACUAUUAUUUAUGAAACUAGGGAUCGUUUGAAUGGUAUGUAUAAAGACUUUGUAGUUGAUGAAGAAAGAGAUUCUAUUUUACUAACUUUAGAUGAUGUUGAAAAUUGGAUAUAUGAUAAUAUUGAUGAAAAUAAAAAUGCUUUUGUAAGUAAAAAAGAAGAAAUAAGAGAACGUAUAAAAGAUAUAAUUUAUAGAUAUGAUGUUUAUGCAUCUAAACAAAAAAAUUUAGGAAAUAUUAUAUCACAUUUAAAAAAUAUUAUUACACAAUGUGAAAAGCAAGCAUCAGAUGAAAGCCAAAAAAUAAUAGCAAAAGCUAAUAACUUUUUAUCAACUAUUGAUUCUUUACAAGAACAAGAAAAAAAUAAAAAAUUAUAUGAAGCACCUGUUUAUUCAUUAAAAGAUGUUGAAAAGGAGUUUAAUGAUGUUACACAAAUGGCACAAAAAUAUUUCUCAAAAAUUGAAGCUGAAGAAUUAGCAAAACAAAAGGAAAAAUUGGAGCAGGAAAAAAAAAAUGAAGAAAAUCAACCUUCUGAAGAAAGCGAACAAACUGAAAACAAUGAUAACGAAGAAAAACCUGAUAAUAGUGAUAAAUAA